AUGCAGCAGUCUCAAGAGAAUAGUAUGGCCAACAGUAUCAAAAGCCGAGGAAAAGUCAAGAGCAAGAAGAAGAGUAAGAUUACUAUUGUCACUAGAGAGAAGGAUAUCAUUGUGUAUUUUAAAAAAACAACGGCCCCUAGUCCCCAGCAGGUUUUAAGUGGUCAAGGGGUGCCAAGAAUCCCUAGGAAGUAUGCAAUAGCAGAGGGAAGUUGCAGAAAAAUUCAAAAUGACCCCUCUAUGGUUCUUAGACUUGGAACGCUCAAUGUUGGAUCACUGACUGGCCGCAGCAUGAAAAUCGCAGAAAUGCUCGAGCGUAGAAGGAUUGACAUCUGCUGCCUUCAGGAAGCCCGAUGGAAAUCGAAUGGCGAUCUCAAUGGCCACGUUGGAGAGAAAACAGAUGGUUUUGACAACGUACAUGGCGGUUUUGGCUAUGGAAAACGGAAUGAAGAUGGCAACCGCAUCCUUGAGUUUGCUGAAAGUCACGGGUUUUGUUUACUGAACACAUAUUUUAAAAAGAGGUUGGAACAUCUCAUAACAUACAAAAGUGGACCAUCAGCCACGCAAAUUGAUUUCUUCGCUGUCAAGCAACAAUACAGAAGGCUAUUCAAAAAUGUCAAAGUUAUACCUGACGAGUCAUGUGUUGUUAAAACUCCAUUCUCCUAA